ACGGAAACGACUACGCAAGUGCACUAACGCGAUGACGUAGUAGAACGUCCCAGGAAAUAUCCUGCUGGGUCUCAAUUAGAAGCGCACAAAGUCAUUCAAGAUGGUGUUAGAAAGUAUCUCCAGGAUUAUCAAAAUGCAACUUCCAGCGUACCUCAAGAAGCUGCCCAUUCCGGAAAAAAUCGGAGACUUUGCGCGACUGACAGUUUCAGAGUGGCUGAGGCUUCUCCCAUUAUUGGGGAUUUUGGCUCUGUUGGGUUAUCUGACCAUCCGGCCCUUCCUGCCCAAGAAGAACAAGCAAAGAGACAGUCUAAUAAAUCUGAAGAUCCAAAAAGAAAACCCUAGAGUGAUGAAUGAGAUUGACAUUGAAGACCUGAGGACUCCAAGUGUUUGUUACUGUCGCUGCUGGCGAUCUAAAACGUUUCCUGUUUGUGAUAAAUCACACUUAAAGCAUAACGAGCUGACGGGGGACAACGUUGGUCCACUUGUUCUUAAGAAGAAGACUAUCUAGCCCACCUGUUUUGGGACAAAACUCUAUUUGUUUGUUUUUUUUUAUGCAUAUUUUUCUCCACUGAAAAACCUACUGUAAUUUUUGUUGUACUUAGCCCAAACAUUUUCUUACUUAUUGUGCAGGAAUAUAGAGCUGUAAAUUUAGACUAAAAUGCUCAAGAUAUUGUGGUUGACCCUGAGAGAUUAAUUAUAUUGAUUUACUUUUUGUUACAUUUUUCUGGUUUAUUUUUUAUAUAUAUACUUGGCAAAUGUAGUUUGACUUUUGUGUGCAAUAUUAACAAGACCACAAGGAAAAUGUCGAAUCUUUGUGGCCAAGUGUCUUUUUCGGCUUUAAUCUAUAUCUAGAUUCAGUUUUAACUAAGUUGCCUUGUACUAUUACUAUUUUAUGUGCGUUUGACAUUUUGUAAAACGAAAAAAAAAAAAGUCACACUUUUAACUUUUCAAUGUGAAGUACAUUAUUAGGAUUUGCUUUUGUUGUUUUUACUUGUUUGCCAUUUUCUACAGCAUUAUUCCUAAACCAACAAGAGUUCUAAAAUGUUUGCCAAAUUAUUUUUAACAUGUGCAGGAUACUAAACUUGACUUUUGUUUGUAUACCUACAAACAUUCCCCAUUGCCUGAGAUUGUAACAAAGCUAUUGUUACACAUUAUUUAUAUAUUACAACAUUUAUCAUAAUGUAACAAAGAAAUGUGGCCUCUUUUCACUGUCCACCUGAACCAACAUGCUGCAACAAUUACAAUUCAUAUCAUAUGUACAUUCAAAAGUUAUAAAUAGUUCGACAAUCCCUUGGUUUUCACACAUUUUUUUUCUCUUGUGUCACUUGAUUUCAUAUUUGACGGCCCUUGUUCAUAGAUGUUUUCAUAAAGUGCAUUUGUGUGAUAACUGGAAUGUGCCUAAUAACUUUUGUAAAAUAAAAGGUAAACAAACUUG